AUGCCGCAGGAUCCAAACCUCUACGGCCAGCGGCCAACCAAGAAGCAAAAGAAGGACACAGCUCUUUCGUCCUCGCUCGAUUUUACAGCCCAAUUAACAUCACUUAUGUCAACUAGCUCAUCAUCAACUCCGACAUCAGGGCGCACAAGACCCUCCAAGGAGCCGAAGGAAGAUAUAUUUCGAGGCAGCAAGCCGAAGCAAUCAAGCUCUCGCCAAGACGAUGGCAAACUUGUCCUCAAAGAAGUUGCUGGGACAGAAGAUGAGACGCAAGAACUGGCACGUGCGAGACGGAAGAUGGAAGACAAGGCGCGACUGUAUGCAGCAAUGAAGCGAGGGGACUACGUGCCAAAAGAAAAUGAGGCUACUCCUCUGGUUGACUUUGAUCGGAAAUGGGCGGAAAAUGUUGAGGGGAACGAAGACGAUGUGAGCUCAAGCUCGGACGAUGACGGUGAAGACGCCAACGAAGUUAUCGAGUACGAGGACGAAUUCGGGCGAUUAAGACGGGGAACCAAGGUUGACAAGGAACGUUUGGAACGUCGAGCGCGGAGAGGACUGCUGGGCGCAGAAGAGCUUGAGCGAAUGUCUGCUCGACCAAGUGCGCCAACAAAUCUGAUCUACGGAGACUCUGUGCAGUCCAUGGCAUUCAACCCGGAUGACCCCGAGAAGAUGGAAGAGCUGGCGAGAAAGCGGGACCGUAGUGCAACACCACCGGACCAGAAGCACUACGACGCUGACAGUGAGAUUCGGACAAAGGGUGUUGGCUUCUUCAAAUUCAGCAAGGAUGAAGAAGCCAGGACGAAGGAAAUGAAGGAUCUUGCAGAGGAGCGCGAACGAACUGAGCAACAACGCCAAAUCCGCGAGGAUCAAAAGGAAGCAAGACGUCGACAGAUUGAGCAGCGCAGGCGCGACAUGGGCACACGACGGGCUCAACGCCAGGCGGACAGUUUUCUUGAAGGGCUGACAGAACGGGAGGCUUAG